AUGAGUUUCGCUCGCAUUUGCCUCGUUUCUGUGAUGGCAUUUUUUGCGGUCCAUGCGAUAUUUGUUUCACGACAAGAUGCCUGUGACGGCCUCUUCAGCAUGGACCUUGACCCGGGUUAUAGUCUGUCCGAUGCAACAGUCUUUUCAUCUGGAAGCUUGAACUCUUCGGGUAUCAUCAACGAGUUGACCCUCUGCCGAGUUCAAGGAACCAUCACAUAUGACAUAGAAGAUACCCCCGUCCUCAACAGCCCCAACACUCUAACCUGGGAGUUAUACCUGCCAAUAACCUCUGAAUACAAUGGCCGAUUUAUUGUAGUUGGGAACGGUGGAUAUGCCGGUUACAUCGACGAGGCAUCGAUAAUGACCCAACUCAAUCUCGGAUACGCAGUAGCCGGGUGUGACAGUGGUCAUUCCCUCACUGCUAGCGGAAAUAGCACGUACGCCCCGUUCUUGGCCAACAAGGGAGAAGUAAAAGCCUGGAUCCAUAACUCCAUCGCAAUGACUACGGAAAUCACCCGAGCCUUGACAACUGCAUAUUACACCAAAAGCCCUGAAUUUAGCUACUACCUCGGAUGCUCGACUGGCGGUGCACAAGGGUACGCACUGGCCCAGUUUUACCCGGAAUUAUUUGAUGGGAUCUACGCUGGAAGCCCUGGAAAUUGGUAUACCCACCUGAUUCUCAGUUUCCUCUGGAACGAACUAAAAUCACAAGGGAGCGGAUACAUGAAUCAGGAUGUCUUGGACUUUAUCACCCAUCGUGUACUUUCCGUGUGUGAUUCUCUUGAUGGGGUCAUCGAUGGGCUAAUUGAGAACCCUUUGCACUGUGAUUUCGACAUCACUCAACUUGAAUGUGCAUCCGACCAUAACCCAACAACUGCUAGCGGGGCAGUGGUAUGCCUCACUUCUGAACAAGUCCAAGCAGCCAAAGCGAUGUAUUCUGGACCUAAGAACACUGUUACCGGUGAAGAGAUCUAUCCAGGGCUCAACUUGGGCUCGGAAAGUAGCUGGCACGACCUGGAAACCACUUUGUCUAAGAUGUAUUCCGUGCUCAUACUGAAGGAGCUCGUCUUUGAUGAUAUGACCUACAAUAUUUCAAGCUUCGACUGGGGCUCAGAUGUCUCCAAAGUCGACAGGACCGCAUCACCUUUAAUCGAUACAAUCUCCCCAGAUCUCUCCAGCUUCCGGAACCAAGGGGGCAAGUUGAUUACCACGCAGGGCUGGUCAGACAAUAUUAACGCGGCUCUUUGGCCCAUCCAACAUCUUAAACGGAUUCAGGCUGCCAUGAGUGGAGUUGAUGUCACCGAUUUCGUGGAGGUAUUCAUGGUACCCGGAGGCGGACAUUGCGGCGCGAAUCCUGCCUAUCCCCAUGUGCCGGGAAUGUAUCAAGUUCUGGAUGUGCUGGUCCCGUGGGUUGAGCAAGGGAUUCGUCCGGAUCAGAUGUUGAGCACGACUCCUCCAGAUGGGACUCUUACUACACGUAAACUUUGCCCAUGGCCGGAAAAUGCGCGAUACGUGCAGGGGGAUGUCGAUGAUUGGACGUCUUACCGGUGUGCCUAG